AUUAUUAUUACUAAUGUUAUAAAAGUACCAAAAAGCCCCAAAAUUAAACUCGAUACUCCAUCUGAAACCCUAAAAAUUUUCCCCCCUUUCUCCUUGUUUCUCCUACCGCCGCCCUAUCACCAACCACCCCCCACACCCAAACAAACUAUCCUUUUUUAUCCAUUUUUUCCGGCGACUACCCGGCGUCGUUGUUUUUAUCUCCGUUAGAUCCGUGUAUAUCGUUUUAAUUCCACUUUUUUUCCUAGAUCCAUAAGGUAGAGGAUCGUUAGAGGAACGUAGGCAUAGAUUUUUCCACGGGCUCGAUUACCACGCGCCUUAGAUCUGGACGUUUACGGCACGCGCCGGCAUCCUAAGACGGAGUCAAGCAUGGUUGUGAAUGGACGGCCUUUGAAGAGGUUGAAGAGGCGCGUAACUGCAGAUCUGAACGACUUCCUUACUUUUCCGGCGUCUGGUGAUUCGUCUCCGGUGGAUACACCCGCCGGAUCUGGACCGUUCAGGACUUGCGUUCAGGCUUUUCUCGCGAGGCAUGCUUUGAUCCCCCACGCGUCCUCGCUGUUCCCUCUGUUCCCUCACCUGAUGACGAGGCAGGUACUGUUCCGCGUCGGAGAUCUUACGCUCCCCGACAUCGGUGGAUCAUCCCCGUCGCCGGCUGUCGUAUGCCUUGACGUUGUCGAGGAGGACGUGACUAGAUCGAGAUCUGUUUAUUGCGACCAGUGUCGAGUUGUUGGUUGGAGUUCCAAUCCUGUGUGCACGAAGCGGUACCAUUUUAUUAUCAAGGCAGAUGGUAACUCAAUAGCUGGUUACAACAAGCAAUGUGCUGGCUGUGGAGACACUGUUUACAUGUCUGACAUGUCUGAGUCUAGGUGCAAGUCCUGCAAUCAUUUAAUGACAGCAGAAGAUGUCGAAGAUUGGAUUUAUCACCAAUUAGAGGACACAACUCAUCUUUUGCAUGGCGUCGUGCACACGAAUGGCUUUGGUCAUCUUCUUAGAGUCAAUGGCAGGGAAAGUGGCUCCAGGUUGCUUUCAGGACGUGAUAUCAUGAACUUCUGGGAUCGACUUUGUAAAUUUUUGGGAGUCAGAAAGGUCAGCGUGACUGAUGUAUCGAAGAAAUAUGGUUUAGAGUUCCGACUACUUCAUGCCGUCACCCAUGGGCAGCCGUGGUAUGGUGAUUGGGGAUAUGAGUUCGGUGCUGGUAGUUUUGGUUUGACUCGGGAUUCCUAUGGAACGGCUGUUGAAAACCUUUCCAGUCUUCCCUUGUCCUUGUUUCUAUCACAAGGACGGAAACCUCGUGCACACCUGCAAGAUUUAAUUUCAUUUUAUCAGUCUCUAUCGGAGCGUGAGCUUGUAAAUAUACGGGAUCUCUUUAAGUUUUUGAUGAAAUUGAUCCACGACGCGCACAAGUCUCCAACGGGGGUUGACAGUUCUCUGUACCUUAAGCUCCGACCUGGUGACUGCAGAACUUCGUGCUCUUGGACUGAUGAUGAUGUGACUCGUGUCCAAGAAGCAAUGUUCAAGGUACUAAGGGCAGUGACCGGAUCAAACUGGGUGAGUUGGCGUGCUUUGAAGGGAGCUGUCUGCAAAGUUGGGCCUCCAGAGCUUCUGGACUAUUGUCUGAAAGAGCUCAAUGGAAAGCAAGCUGCUGACGGUUUGGUGGUUACUUCCCGGUGUCUGCCUGCAUCUGGGGCCAUGGAGUACAGGCUUGAACCUGGAAAUGCUAUUUCUACUGUAAAUAAAAGUACAAAUUUUUAUCCGGCUUCAAAUAACCCAUCUGAAGAACGUAUCUUGCGGGACCUUAGAUAUCUGUUUGAAGCCAUGGUCUGCCCUCAGACCAUAUCAUGCCAUCUGUCCCCAGCAAAGAGAAAUGUUGCAAUUGCAGCAGCUACAGUUCUUCUUGAUUGUAAACAGUUUGUGAAAGAUUACCAGCCUGAGAAAUUCUUGUUGGCUUCGAAACCACAUGCAAUCCAGUUGCUGUGUGAGGUGGACAUGAUGGAGUAUUCAGAGGAGAAUGUGGCAAAUCCACCUCCGGAGCUGCUUAUUCUUUCUUCGGAUGCUACCAUUGCCGACCUCAAGCUGGAAGCAUGUAAGGCAUUUCAAGAAGUGUAUAUCCUUUUUAGACGAUUUCAAGCUGAAGAGCUGAUGGGCUAUGGUGGUGUUGGGGACACUACCCAGGUUAAGCUGUUGCUAGGUUCGGCCGAGUUUGUUAGAGUUAAAGGAAAAUGCUAUGGUAAAAAUGGUUUGAGUAGGUUUAGGAUGGAGAGGGGUGUGGAGAGAUGGACUGUUGACUGCAGUUGUGGUGCCAAGGAUGACGAUGGUGAAAGGAUGCUAGCUUGUGACAGCUGCGGCGUCUGGCAACACACUAGGUGUUCUGGUAUUCACGAUUCUGAUGGUGUCCCUCUGAAGUAUGUCUGCCCUAGGUGCAUCUAUGCAACUCGAGCAAUGAAAACCGCAGGGCCCUGUGCUGGGAAGAUGGCAUUACAUUCUGUUGGUGCUGCUUCCGGGAAUGGCUGCGGGAGGAGCUUGAUGAACCCCGUUUGAUAUGUUGGAUUUUCCACUGAGUAAAGUUUUCUUCUUCUUCUUCUUCUUCUUCGGGUCUGCAAGAACGUGUAAAUAAUGUUUCUGUCAACCAUGUAGUGGUUGUUAGUUUGUGACCCUGAGGUUCCCCGUUUCACUUACCCCUCCCUUCUUUUGGCCCUUUCCUUUUCGGUUGUGUACAUAGUUUCUGCUGUACGGAAUAGUGGCUAAUAUGUUUUGAGCUGACGUAGGACUAAAACACCAGCUUGAACUGAAAAAAAAGGAAAAAAAAUUUUUGAAGAGAAAAUGGACUCAGAAAAUUUGAAGCGGCAACGGUGUUUAAACGUUUUGAGCUCUCUUCUUUUAUUUCUGAAUGGAAUUGAAGUCGGGUGACUUUUUUCUUUUGUUUUUUGCUCAUUUUUUAAAGUUAUGAAUUCCAGUUUUUGGUGUGCUCUGAAUGAUCGUUCAGAUUUCAGAAAUGUGGAUCUUAAGAGCAAAACGAUAAUGUUGAGCAUGAUUGAUAAAAACGGAGGAGAAAUUCGCACAAAACCAUGGAAUUGAACUGCAUAAGUCACUGGGUUAGACUCAAAGUCCAUAAUCCUAACAGUUUUCUCUUUUAUUUUAUUCCCCAUCGGUUUAAUAUGUCAUCGGUAGUCCGUGAGAUGUAUUUUUAUUCAGAACCAAAUUGAGAAAUGUACGAGUUUUCAAUUUGAUUAUUUUCUUUAUUUUUUACUCCAUAAACUUGCAAUUGUAACACCAAUUAAAUGGUCAUGGCAAAGUUGGAGUUUAAUCAUGUACCCAAAUUGGGUGUUUUAUUUUGAUCAUGACUAAACUGUAUAAAUG